CUCGCAGAUCUCUUCUCAAGAGGUUCUAUUGGAUGGAUGGUGCAAGAAAUUUCAAGAGGGUGUCAGAGCAUUCAUAAAGAAGUAAAGAACACGACUGCUGAAGAGAUUUAAAUGAGGAACAGCAGCAGGAAGGAACAUCAGAGGAAACGAUAAGGAAAAGAGAGAACAAAAGAAAAGCACCACAUUGUUACAGUUUACUCGGCAAAAUGGGGCUAUCAAUCUCAUACCCACCAGAUGACUACCUGCCUGAGGAUGAUGAUGAUGAUGAUAUGGACAGGCUCUUUGUGCGGUCUCUAAGCUUUGAUAACCUUAGCACACUUGAUACCCUUGAGUCACCACCGGCAUUGCUCGAUGCCCUGACUUCCAAGAGGCUCAUUGUAAGAGGUUCUUUAAGCUUUGAAAAAAGGAACGGUGAUUCCUUUCAAGUUGAAACUACAGUAUCGAUGGUGAGUCCUAAGCCUGCAAAGAAGAGUUGCAACUACAAGCCUAUCAUCCUGCCAAGAUAUGGGUCCUUGGAGAACCUGCCACUAAAUUCUCCAGUGAUUGGGAUGGUCAGCCCGGAGCACCAAGCUGCAGCAUUGAGGGUGCAGAAGGUGUACAAGAGCUUCAGGACAAGGCGGCAGCUUGCUGAUUGUGCUGUUCUUGUUGAACAACGCUGGUGGAAACUACUUGAUUUCGCACUGCUCAAGCGCAAUUCAGUGUCGUUCUUCGAGGUAGAGAAGCCGGAGUCAGCGCUUUCAAGGUGGUCUCGUGCCAGAAUGAGAGCUGCUAAGGUAGGGAAGGGUCUUUCCAAGGAUGAAAAGGCUCAGAAGCUUGCACUGCAACACUGGCUCGAAGCGAUUGACCCUCGGCAUCGGUAUGGUCACAAUCUCCACUACUAUUACCAACACUGGCUACACUGUGAGAGCAAACAACCUUUCUUUUACUGGUUGGAUAUAGGUGAAGGAAAGGAGGUUAAUAUGGAGGAUCACUGCCCAAGAUGGAAGCUGCUUCAGCAAUGCAUCAGGUAUCUUGGUCCAAAAGAAAGGGAAUUAUAUGAGGUUGUGGUUGAGGAUGGAAAGAUGAUGUACAAACUGAGCCGCAAAAUCGUCGACACGUUCGAGGGCCCCAGGGAUGCAAAAUGGAUCUUUGUGCUGAGCACAACUAGAAUUCUAUACAUUGGCACGAAGAGCAAGGGCACAUUUCAGCACUCGAGCUUCCUCGCUGGUGGAGCCACAUCUGCUGCUGGCAGACUUAUUGUAGAGAACGGAAUUCUAAGGGCUGUCUGGCCACAUAGUGGGCACUACCGCCCCACAGAGGCAAAUUUCAGGGAGUUCAUGAACUAUCUGAAGAAGAGGAACGUUGAUCUUACAAAUGUCAAGUUGAGCCCAUCAGAAGGCGAGGAGGACGAGUGGCUCCGGCACAGGGGCCGCCUCUCCCAAUUCAACUUUACUGAGAGCAGCAAUCCCACAAGACAAGAAGACUCCAAGCCCCAGACCCCUGGCGCCGACCAAGUCAAGGCCACAGCCAACGCCACGGCCACGCCAGCGACACCACCCUCCGCGAGACGCGAUACAGCAACCACCGCAGCAGGAGGAGGAGGCACGCCGGUGAUGAAGAGGUCGUCGUCGGGCAACCGGCUGCAUCGCAAGCGGCCGCCGCGGCUGACGGUGAACAAGAACCGGCUGGGCAAGGGCACCGCCGAAGAGCAGGGUGCGGGCGCGUUCGGGGACUGCCUGGACUUCUGCAAGGAGAACCUGUUCGGCGGUGGGGAGGGCGGCGAGGAGGUGGUGGUGGUGCCGCAGGAGAAGAUCAUGCACCGCAUCAACUCCAAGAUGGCCCUGCACUCGUACCAGCUCGGGAACCAGAUCUCGUUCCGGUGGACCACCGGCGCCGGGCCGAGGAUCGGGUGCGUGCGGGACUACCCGCCGGAGCUGCAGUUCCGGUCGCUGGAGCAGGUCAGCCUGUCGCCGCGCGCCGGCGCCGGGCCGGCCAGGUUCGGGACUUCGCCCCGGCAGAGCCCGUGCGCGCCGCUCGUGUCGCCCACGCCGGGUGGCCUCGUCUCGCCGCUAUACGGCGCUCCGUCGCGGCUGCAGCAAGGUGCAGCCUAGAGCUCUGAGCACGUACCUGGUGGCUCGCCGGUCCACGAAGUCGUGACAACCCGUGAGCUGUGACCAUGAUGUCCUUCUCAGAAGAGGCGCGCGGCGGCUGGACGGUGAUUUUAUUUUAUUUUUUCAUCGGAAAGAACGGGGAGAGGGAGAAAAUGAAGGAACAAGCCACCGUUCAAGUUUUGUAGAAAACUCAUCUCACCCCCGACCCUACAAAUACGCGUACGAUUUGAUGUGAGCAUUGCUAUUUUUUCCUGAAAUUUAUGUGU